AUGGCCUACCUGUUGCUCAUCAAUGACAAUGGGAAUUUGUUCUACCUAUUGGUCCAUGCACCAGCCUUCUACAAGUCACUGCCUGGGGUCGCAAGCCGCUGCAAUGGAAAGGCCUACGCGUUCACCGGCAAUGUGGUUGCCAACACCAUCACCAUGGUAGAAUUUCCACAGGACGCCUUUAUGUCGCCAGGAACUGGAACAGAGGAAAACGUCCCAAAGGAUCUGGAGCAAGCUCUGGACAUUCUCCAGCUCAAUCCGGACGACUCCUCCAUUGGACCGUUCCAGGACACGGAUGCCAACAUCAAGCAAGUGAAGACCGGUUACUACAUCCCUCUGCCGCACCGCUAUGUGCAUCUGGUUCUGGGACGCCAAGGUUUCAUCGACUUGGCAGCAGCCAUCAAAAACACUGGAGACAAAAUUGAGUGCCCCGAGCUCACCAAUUGGCUACUACUGUCACUGGUUAGAGCAGGAGCGGGCGCUCCACCAACUCUUGCAACAACAUUGCCUGAUAGACCUUUCAAUGAUGCAGCGCUCAAGGUACAACGCCGAGAGCUGUUGGAACAGCAUCUUCCAGGCCUGAAGGAAGCUUCACUUCCGUCCAUGCUAGGAAUUCAGCAGAGCCUGGCGCAAUCAGUCAACAAACUGGUCCGAACCCAAAAGGACGCCCAGACCAAAGCGACAGCACAAGAAGCCAAGUCCAAGGCCCCCAAGAGUGUGGAUGGAUUCUUUGGUCCCAUGCUCCACAAGCUCCUCAGCGUUCUCCACUUCCAAGACACUAGCCAGUGCUCACCUGUCUGGUCCGAAUGGGCUUCUCAGUCCAAGAAAAACAACCUUGACGUUUUGGAAACCGCCCUCAGGUCCCAAGCGAGCAGCGAAGCGACAAUGGGCUUCGGAAUUACCCAUUGUCACUCCGGACUUGGUGAAGAUAGUGAAGGCGGUGAAACUUGGAAGCAACAGCACUGA